UUAUUGUUGUUCCUUGUUUUUUUCAACAUGCAAGAGCAAAUUUCUCUUUUGGAAUUAAAAAUUUUAAAUCUUGCAAAAAGUAAUAAUGUAGAUCAAGAUUAUCUGGAUUUGGAAUUGGAAAUUAGAGAAUUACGAGAACAAAUUGAAGGUCAUGCGACGUUGAAACCUUUAAUGAAGACUUACCAUAUAAAAUCUUGUGACGGUCUGCAAACAACAUUGGAGUCAAUCUACCAACAAAUGCGAAAAGAAUGUAAAGAAAAAGAAUUACAAACAAUUGAAAAUGACAUAAAAUCUAUAAAAAAAAUAAUUAACGGUUUAAACAAGCUUUCAUUAGAGGAAGCUGAAGAUAAAAUAAAUUUAAUUAUGUCUAAACUGGAUAAAAUUUGCGUGGUAGAAGAUGCCGACAAAGUAAAGAAGCAGUUAUUAAUUAAAUCUUGUAAAGAAGUGUGCACUUCCAUCGAAGAGUCAAAAUCUGAAAAUGAACUCUCAACUUUAGAAGGAGAAAUGAACAAAUUGGAAGCAGAAACUCGCAAGGGCACUAUAAAAGACACAAAUUUAUUACAUAAUAAAAUCGAUAAAAUUUCUAACGCCUGCAACAACAUUGAAGCAAUUAGUCAAUCGAACAAACAAAGGAAAUCAACCAUUUAUAAGAAAUGUGAAAAUCUAAUUCAAGUUUUAGGACAAAUGAGCAAAAAUAACAGUAAAAAUGAUGCAGCAUCUGGAGAAGAUAGUGAAGAAGAUGUAGAUAAUUUAUCCACCAGCAGCGAAGAAAGCAGUAGUGAAGAUGAUUCAGAUAGCGAAAUGAGCGAAGAAGACGACAACGUUACUACUUCUACAGUCGACACUCCAGUUACUGAUGAACACAGCAAAACAAUUCCUGACACCGUAAACAUUCAAACAUGUACAUGGAAUACUGAAAAUAAUUCAGAUUGGAAAAGGAGAAGCAUCCAUAAAUUAAAGUUGUCGGAAGAUUUUCUCGGAAGCAAGAACCAACUCAUAGAAAAAAAACCGACUCCCAAAUUAAGUGUAAACAAACUUAAAUUACCACCAGCUUUUUCUAGCAGUACACCUAAUUUGAAUAGAGUUGAGAGUAAAAUGGGAGGCAAACAAAGCCAUAUGAAUGAUAUUUCAUCCGACAAGUCUUCAAACACAUAUAAUAUGAUUGAUAUGGGGGAGAAAACAAAACAAACUAAAGGAAUUAAUGUUUCAAAGACAGUUUCUGCUAGUACUCCUCAUUUAGCAGGCAGUAAUAAAAAAGAAACUGGAUUGAACUCUUCUCAGAAUAAAAAUUUUCAACGUUCUGUUGAAAGGAGUAUUUCCCAGCCAAGUAACAAAAGUAGUGAAAUGAAUGUUGACAAAUAUGAUGAAGAAACUAUAAAUUUCAAGAUACCAGAAAUGAUUUCUGCAAGUACUCCUUAUUUAGCCAAUGAGGUUGAUGAAGAGACUGGUCUAUUUGCUAAUAAUGAAAAAAGGAAUAAAAGGAAGUUAAACAAGACAGAUUCACUUUCAACAAGUGUUCCCUACUUGUCCACAAUACAUGAUCUGGAUUCAGGCAUAAAUAAUUCAGGUAAAUUGGCGGAGAGAGUCGGACAGUCGCAAAAUUUUAAAACGUUCGUAACAAGUUGUGUGGAUAUUAAAGAAGAAGAGAUGAAACAAAGAGACCAAGAUGUGGUAAAAAUGAGCUUACCAAAUAUUUUUGUUUCUGUAGAAAAUUCAGAUGACUCUCAAGAGAAGCAGAGUGAAAUAAUAAUUGAACCAAAGAACAUUGGAAAACUGAAGAUACCCGAGGUGUAUAUCAAGAAACCCUUAAGGGUGGGGAGUGGCAAAUGGCACUUAGAUAUCAAACCAAAAUCUGACAGUGGAAAUAAGGUUUCAGACAAACAAAUUGACAAUCGACUAGAAAAAUAUUUCAAUCAGGAGCAACGACCGGUGAAAAGCAGCUCUGGUAAGGAAACUCUUAGAAGAAAAUUACUAGGGAAGCCUAUAGCGUGUUUGGAUGAAUUCUCAUUAAGAAUACUAGAUUCACAAUAUAAACAAAUCCUUGAAAACUUGAAAAAUGAGGACUUCCAACGCAAUGAGCAAGCUUUUAAAAAUUUAACUAAAGAUGUCAACGUUAGUGAUGCAACAAUUGACAUACAAUUUAGAAGAUUUUAUAAUCAAAAUAUGACGAACUCUUUUUAAAUGUAAAAUAUUUUAUUUUUCAAGGUGUUGGUUUUAUAUAUCAAUAAAUAUUAUUUAUAAUACAAGUUAGUUUUACAUUUUUUAUUGUUAUUGUGAAUAUUGUUAAUACGUUUAACCAUUUAGAAUUAGCAGUAGUAGAUAUUAUCUUUUGUGUUAUUGGAAGCCUCUUAUUGUUGAAGCUGAAAGCAGUCCUUUUAAAAAGUAAUAUUUUAUUAUAGGCAGUAUUAUUUAAUAAUAUUCUUUUUUGUAUAAUACUUAACAAUAAUAUAUUUGU